CGCACUGGGUAAACACCGCAGCUCGAGGCAGAGAACAGUGAUAUCACUGCCUCUCCCUGACUUGCGUCUUUGCCAAGUAGUCGGGUUACGCUUUACCACACAUGGGACAGCGGGGAUCGAGACCCCAACCCGAGGCCCGAGUUCUCCUAUUGGGUCUCGACUCAGCGGGGAAAUCAACCCUUCUUUACAAACUGAAAUAUAACGAAUCGGUCAAUACCGUUCCCACCAUCGGUUUCAAUGUGGAGAUGAUAGAAGCCAAGAAGAAGAGGGAGACAGUUGCUCUGACCGUGUGGGACGUGGGCGGCCAGAAUACAAUGAGGCACUACUGGAAGAGCUUCUAUCAGGACACUGCUGGACUGGUGUUCGUGGUGGACAGCUCAGACAGGCGCCGGUUGGACGAGGCCCGGCGGGAACUAGAUCACGCCCUGAGGAGUGAAUUCUUACGGGGUCUGCCUGUGGUCAUCCUCGCCAACAAGCAGGACCUUCCCGAGGCCGUAUCCGUUACGGAGAUAACAGAGCGCUUUCACCUGAGGACGAUGAGCGUUGAGCGGGACUGGUUCGUUCAGCCCUGCUCUGCGGUGACCGGUGCUGGGCUUAUAGAGGGCUUCCAAAAGGUGGCACACCUGCUCAAACUACCAUCAGAGGACGUUCAAGACAAUAUUACAGAGACAGUGCAGUAUCUACGAUCAAAAUCAGUCACGUCAAGGGGUUUGUAAUGUUUGCAAUGAUAGGAUAUGUCAAAAGUUAUUGACAAAUGAUGAUAAUUUGUUUUUAUUGUUUACGGAUGAAGAUCACAUUUCACUAUGAUCAAUGUGUUUCUUGAAAAGGUUGUCACAGUGCAAUAGACUACAUGGAAACAAAAUCAAUCCACGAAGCUAUUCAAUUGACUUUAAAUCAGCCUAUGACAUUUUUUCCAACUAAGUUUAAUACGUUUGUAUCAGAUUAU